AUGCUCUCAGCAAUGCUACCAGGUGGUGCCGUGACCACGCACCAUCCGCAGCGGAACCCGGUUCCACGGUGGAGCCCGGUUCCGACACGGUGGGCCAAUGGCUCCAGGUCGGGUCGCGUAGGUCCGAAGAUCGGUGUGGCGGCAUCGCUGGGAGGCGCCUGCGCAACCGCACGCGCCGCUCGUCGGAGAGUCGCCCGGGCGGCAGCGGCAGGCAGCGAGUUCGUGAUCGAGGGCCGUGGGAACGUGGUGGUUUUGGCCAAGGAGGAGGAUGUCUUGGCGGAGGUGGCGGCUGAAGUGGCCUCCUGUGCUAGUGCUGCCAUUGAAGAGAAGGGCGCCUUCUCUCUUUGUGUGCCGGGUGGCUUUGGGAAAGCCGAUGGCCAGGAGCCGGUGAGCGCACGCUUGGUGGGGCAGUCCUUGCAGAUGCUCGUGGGCGAGGACGUGGACUUCUCGAAGUGGCACGUCUUCUUCACCGGAGAGCGGUUGGAUGGUCAGGAGUCCUUCCUUUUGGCCAAAGAGCUUUGGAUCGACGCCUGUGGGAUCCCUGCUGAUCAGGUUCACCCAGUGCCUCAGAUCCCUUCGGCCGAGGGCGCUGCGGCGCAGUACACGGCGGAGAUUUGUAUGCAGGAGGAGACGGUCUUGGUGGACAGCGAGGAGGGCUUGCCGGCGUUGGACCUGUUGCUCCUGCAUGUGGGCCCCGACGGCACUGUGGGACGUUUGAAGCCCAACUCGUCUGAAAUUGAUGAAGCAGGCACUGGCAAGGUGGUUUUGCCCAUUGAAGAAGCAGGUGCCGAGGCAGCCAUCGUGGGGCCAGAUUUUAUGAAUGCGGCACGGUCUGCGGUGCUGCUGGCCACGGGCAGCCACAGCGCCCAAGCGGUGCAAGCUGCGUUGAAGAAGCCCAGUGCCUCGUGCCCCGCGAGCUUGCUGCGGACGCAGCAGAUGACAUGGAUGUUGGACUCUGACUGCGCGACAUUGAUCUGA